AUGGCGGACACGACCAUCUCGGAUGGCAAGGGGAGAACAUACCUCCUCGAGGAGGGCGUCAACGUGCAAAUGCCCUCCGAGCCCCUGCACGGCAUGACCGACGUCUGGGGUGAUGAUGCUAACGUGUUUCACCCGGCCCGCUUCAUGGACAUUGCAAAGAACCUCAGUAGCGCCACGACGAAAGCCAAGCGGGCGUCGUAUAUUCCGUUCGGAGGCGGGAAGCACCUGUGUCCCGGUAGGAACUUUGCAUUUGCCGAGAACCUGGGCUUCAUGAUCUCGCUCCUCAUGGGCUUCGACGCCAGUCCCCUGGAUGGCGACUGGGCCACGUUCAAGGCCCCUGUGGCAGAGCAGUGUGGGAUGGCGAGUGCGUUGUCGAAGCCUGUCUCGAAUGGCGAGGGAUCGGCAUGA